CGUCCACAAAGUUCUAGCAUCCAGCUGCUGCAAUGGGUCGCCUUUAUCCAAGAUCGUCGUUGAGACGCAUAGUGAAGAAGAACUCAAAGCAUUGCAAUAUAUCCAAACGUGCGGAUGUAUUGAUCUAUCUUGAUUACAUCCUUUUUCUCGAAGAACUUCUGAAAAGGUCGACCAUCGAGGCACGGCAACAAGGCGACAAAUUGCUUCGACAGCGUCAUAUUGAACGCGUUACAAAGACUACUCUGCAAAAAUUCAAGGGUUAAAUCAUACCCAAGCCUCUUCUUCUUCAUAUGUACAGUUGUUACGGUUGUUUCGGGAGUUCUGGGUGUUUCGUGGUGUUUAUCUUAAACGCGGGUUAUCAUGAGAGUAAGAAGCUCGAAUGUAAGGACUAGUUUAUUGAAUA